AUGUCAAUGUUGAUUAAGGAUGUUCUAAAUUAUUCACGUCUCUCCAAAAAAGAAGCAAAAUUUGAAGAUACGGAUCUGCGGAAAAUUUUUGAUAAUGUGAAGUCCGAUGUGGAGUUGCGUAUUGAGGAGAAACAGGCAAAAAUUACAUCUGACGUACUUCCCACAAUAAGCGCCAUUCCCCAACAAAUGCACCAGUUGUUUUACAAUCUAAUAAAUAACGCUCUGAAAUUUUCGAGGGAUAAGCCUGAAAUUAAA